GAGAUGACGAUCGUGUUGUAAAACAAUCAAACAGUUGACAAUCUCCACUUCACCAAUCUCUCUCUGCCAAAGUCUUUUAACAUUAAAUGCCGUUCGGAACAUUAAAUUAUGGACCACGGUUAUGCAUUAGCCGCAGGAACAUUACAAACUCUGCCGAGCAAGCGAAAGAGGUCAGAUGAAAAGAGAGAAAAAGAUAGACUGAGGCAGAAAAACAGAGUAAACAUCGGCGCGGCCUAUUCCAGGUGGAAAGCGCUGAAGAUGGAAAAGGGCAUGAAGAAUGACGCAGAAGUUGCUCGUUAUCUGCUGGACAGGGUGUGUGGUGAACAUCUUUCACAAGACCAAUCCAGUGCAUCUCCGAGAAAGAGAGGACGGCCGCGGAAAUCAACAGCUGCACCGCAAACUGAGCCCAGUUCAGACGCCUACUCAACAGAUCAAUGUCAUGCCAGUGAAGACCCCCACUCAACAGACCACUCUCAGCCCAGUUCAGACAGCCAGUCGGACACUGAAUCUCAGCCUAGUCCGGAUCCCCAGCCCACAAACGUUGAGGUCCUUGGCAUACACCAUGACCUUCCUUCCCAUUGGCCAUAUAAACCGGAUAAACAAGCACAGCCUGAAAGACAAAAUGAUGGGUCUGAUCUAGAUGUUGUGAUUGGUUCCAUUGCACCAUCGUACAGCUUUGCUCGUCAUAGUUCCUCUUCAAGCACAACUACAGAGGAAGACAAUGCAAUGAACUGGGAGGAAAUAAAGGAUGAACUGGCAGAGACUGCACAGCGACUGGAAGAGCGUUUAAAUGUCAUGAGGUCCCUGACUGAUGGAGCAUUAGAACCCAUUUCAAUGACAAUAGGAAAAGAUGAUCAGAAGGAAGUAAAAUGGGUGGUCAACAAAUCCAGUUUGACAGGACUUUUUAGAAACUGCCAUCAGUGUGGAGAGCCAGUUCUGGAGUUUAAAACGUUAACAUCGGGGAGCCUCGUCCGCAUUCAGUGGGAAUGCUCAAAGGGACAUCUCAUGUGGCUUUUCCCCAACAACCCAACGUAAUAGACACUGAAACCACACGUGAAAUCGACUGCAAAGAAUAAAUCUAGAUUUUUAUAAAUUGUGAAUAACAAAUAAAGU